AAAAAAAAAAAAAAAAAAAAAUAUUCCCAGCUCCUGAACCAAGUCUCUCUGCACGAGAUCGGAUGGAAGAUCGACAACCCAAUGAAGUUCGUUUAGAUCGCAAGGGAAAAUCCUCCGUACCCGCUAUCACAGUUGCUCGUCGUGGAGGGCACCGUGGAUCCUUCAGAGGCUCUGAUUCUAGUCGAGGUCGUGCGCCGUAUCGCCCAUUCAAUCAAAGGAACUUUGUCCCCUACUCUACCACAUCUCCUGCGUGGACACAUUCGAACAAAAUUUCCCCGGUCCCUUCACUGAAUACACCGAGUAGUUCGUUUGUUAAACAAGAGCCUUUGGGCCAUUUAGAACAAUCGAACUUGCGCCCGCCGAAGCGAACGAAGUUUAAUUCUCAGCAUUUCCCCCCAGGGGGGUCUCAAGGCUCAGAGAGGCACUUCCAAAGGCGAAGAUUUCCCCAUACCAACUUUGCUUUACCUUCACAAUGCCCGAAAGUCAUCCCUGGCGAUCACGAAGCACAGGCUGUUUUCUCCCCUUACAAAGAAAUACAUGACGAUCGCUCUGUUCCCGGAAAGACGAGUGAAGCUGUGCAACGCGAUUUGCCUAGUGGUAAGGCGCAUAUUGUUCAAAAUAAGUCCCAAUAUGAUAAGAGUGCGAAUAGCACUCAGAAGAUUGUAAUGGGCUGUGCUUCUGGAUAUGGCGAGGAGACCUCUAAAGUCAGUCCCAUCGUGGGUGCAAGCAGCUCAACUCGAAGACUGCCACAGCUAGCGGAAUCUUCUUUGCCCGAGUCAUUGGAGGUGGUUCUAAGCUCCUACCCAACACACGCAGCAAUACCUCGAAUAAAGACCUCCGCUCUACCAGGCAAGCAGAGAGCCUUUCCAUCUCGAGUUGUAGCUCCUCCAGAAGAGAUCAUUGACCUUACUGUUGAUCUUCCGGACACACGCGUGAUUAUUCCUCCUCCCAUACCGACGCGGUUCUUCCGCUCUGGAGUCCUAAAGAUCAAGUCGGUGUCUUCUAAGGCACCCUCAGCAGUGGAUGUUACUUCUGCUGCAGAACCGAUUGUUUUACUCGAUAGUGAUUCCGAUGACAUUGUUCCACUAAGGGAACUUAUCUGCAGAGAUGGCGGUAGCAUGGUUGCGAAGUCUCGAGAAGAACCGGUUCAAGCAUCCUCCGAGACGCUAGUCAACGGUCCGAACGAGAUUUCCUCCUCAGGUCCCGCUUUGAUGCUCAGUCCUGGUCCUGGUCCUGCUCGUCUUCCUCUCAACACCCACGAUAAGCCCCGCCGCGUGCUCAGCGCACACUGGAGUUCGUCUCUUAUAACUGUAUCUAUGCGCGGCUUCGUUGAGAGCCUGGGUAUGCCUAACCUGGUGUCCCAGCAUAACCUGCGUAGGCCAACUGCCCCAACUCAAGAGUCCGUUGAUGAUGCGUGUAUGCUUCACGCGGGUGAUACGUCAGUCGUUGUCCUGGCUCAUGCACGUGAAGAGAAACAAAUUUCGUACUUGACAUUUCAAACCACCAGGGGAACACAUUUUCGCGUUGUCGAUCGUCCUUGGAAUAGAACCAAGAAGGGGGGGGCGAGUGUUGUGUCGACAAUGAUGCAACCACUUAUGUUUGCCAGUGGAGGUCAUGAUCAUGCUGUUCAUAUUUGGAAUUUUUCUGCAGAUUUUAUGGGCGUCUCCUCGACACUUUUGGCAAUCAAGCACACAUCUAUGAUCCAGUCCCUUCUUCCCAUUCGUGAUACUAGUCACAAACUCAUAUCCGCUGGUGCGGAUUGCAAUGUCCAUUUAUGGGACCUAUCUUCGGAACGUGUUGUACAUACAUUCAAGACAUCCAAUUCUCCGUAUCACGCACAUAAGACGGAAUCACCUUUCUGCACCUUGCUUGAGGUUGGCCAUCGAGAUCUGCAGUUCGAGCUCCGUGACCAUCGUAUGGUUCCAGAGCACCCGGCUGAACGCUUUGGCUUUUUCACGACUGAGUUGCAUGGUCGUUUCAUCAAAGGAGAUACUUGGUCUCACUUUUUCACCUCGGGAAGCCGCAAUGGUGGUGUGCGUCUCUGGGACUUGCGCAAUGUUCGGGAACAACUUGCAUCUGUCUCGUGUUUCAGCAAUGACCAGGUGGUGCAGGUGUUGAAGACGGAGUCUGACCUGUUGGCCUUUUCAAAGCGCGGUGAUGUGAUGACAUUGAAUCACACAUGAAAUGGACACUCUAGUCAUCGCAAUUCCAGCGACGUGCAUUAUUUUAUUAUUUAGUUUUAUCCCUUUAAUUGUCGUCGUAUACUAUAGAGCACGGGUAUUGGAACGAUAGGCCUGUGGUACCGCGUGAACAUGUC